AUCACGGAAUAACAAGCUGGCAGUUCUGCAGUCCUUCCUGGAUCCUUCCCUGCACCGAGCCCCUGUCCCCUGGCCUCGGCUUCCUGCCUUCUCUCGUGUGCAUUUCUGUUUACUGUGAGAGCACUCUGGUGGGGUUCAUGGAGGCAGCUUCGAAGCUCUGUGGGCAGCUGUCUAGGGAGAAGGACAACUGAGAACACAGUUCUGCUUCCCUGUGACAUUGAAUGGCCCACGUGACUUACCUGUCUUUUCUAGAAGUCCAUUCUAGGGAAAAUGCCAAGUGGAAUAAAAACCAACAUCAAGUCAGCUUCAAUGCAUCCCUACCAGCGGUGAGUGUGGACGGCAGCCUCCACUCUCAGGUGAUCUGUGCUGAGUUGAGCAAUGAAAUUAUCUUUUGCUCAAGGCUUAUUUAGAUGGGUACAAUAAAAGAUGCAGGCUUUCAGCAAGAGACAGAUCUCAGCUCCACUGUGAAUAGCCAUGGAACUUGGGAAAAUGACCUAUUUUUUCCUGAGCCGUGUUCUUGUCUGUAAAUAGUGAUAAUACCUACCUCAUAGGGUUGUUGUGAGGAUUGAAAUGGGAGAGUGAAUGUAAGACACUUAGCACGGUAUACAAAAUACUGGGUCUUGAAUAAAUAAUAGUUUCCUACUUUUC